UGCCCUGCUCCGUGUGCUGGGGGACAAGGAGCUCUCACCUUCUCCCACCCCCUGAAGCCUCCUGGCUGCCCUGAGCAGGGUGGGGGUGGGAUUCUGCAACUGUGGCCCUCGCAGAGCUUCCAUUUCUUUAUCCUUCCUCCCACGUGACUAUUGGGAUUGUGGCUCGAGCAGCAGGUAAUGACCGGGGCCUUCUGUUGUUUCAGAUGCCAGUGACCUUCGAGGAGGUGGCUGUGUAUUUCACCCAGGAGCAGGGGGCUCUGCUGGACCCCGCUCAGAGAGCCCUCUACAGGGACGUCAUGCAGGAGAACUACGAGACGGUGACCUCACUGGGAUUCCCCCUAACCAAACCUGAACUGAUUGUCCGGCUGGAACGAGGGGAAGAGCCUUGGUUACCUGAUCUCCAGGCCUGCGAGGAAAGAAGGCUUCCGAGAUGCAUCCAUAGAGGUGCUGAGCGAGGGAGUGAGAAUGAGGAGGGGAAUCAUCAUGAGGAAGUUCCCGGGGAAGUGGAACCGCAGGGGACCUUUGUGGGAAGAGCUGAAGGGAAUUUUUCCCAGUGCUUCGAACCCAAAGAAGCCUGUGGAAAUUGGCACAGGUCAGAGAGGCUUCUGGGAAACCACCCAGGGAAGAAAAUGGAUGAAUCUAUUAACAGUGGGGGAGAAGAGGAGGAUGCCAAGGAAGAGAAACCCUGGCACUACCUUCAGUGUUCGAAAGGGUUCAUUGUGAGAUCACAGCUUGUGACUCAUCAGACAAUCCUUACUGGAGAGAAACCCCUUCAAUGCUUGGACCGUGGGGAAAGCUUCAAUAAGCUCUCAGAUCUUAAUAACCACGGGAGAGGCCACAUUGGAGAAAAACCCUCUCAAUCCCUCGAGUAUGGGAAAUGUUGCAUUUCGAAGACACAAAUAAUUAGACAUCAGUUAAGCCACAGUGGGGAGAGACCCCACAAGUGCUUGGACUGUGGGAAAAGUUUCCUAAGAAGGUCACACCUUGUUAGGCAUCAGGCAGUCCACACAGGAGACAGACCCCACAAGUGCUUGGACUGUGGGAAAUGUUUCACAGAGAGUUCAAACCUUGUUAAGCAUCAGGCAAUCCACACAGGAGAGAGACCCCACAAUUGCUUGGACUGUGGGAAAAGUUUCAUACAAAGGUCACACUUAGUUCGUCAUCAGUCAUUACACACGGGAGAGAGACCCUACAAGUGCUUGGACUGUGGGAAAAGUUUCAUACGAAGGUCACACUUAGUUCGUCAUCAGGCAUUACACACGGGAGAGAGACCCUACAAGUGCCUGGACUGUGGGAAAAGUUUCUUACAAAGCUCCAACCUUGUUAAGCAUCAGGCAAUCCACACAGGAGAGAGACUCCACAAGUGCUUGGACUGUGGGAAAAGUUUCUUACAAAGCUCCAACCUUGUUAAGCAUCAGGCAAUCCACACAGGAGAGAGACCCCACAAGUGCUUGGAGUGUGGGAAAAGUUUCAUAAGAAGAUCACACUUAGUUCGUCAUCAGGCAUUACACACAGGAGCGAGACCGCACAAGUGCUUGGAGUGUGGGAAAAGUUUCAUAAGAAGGUCACACUUAGUUCGUCAUCAGGCAUUACACACAGGAGCGAGACCGCACAAGUGCUUGGACUGUGGGAAAUGUUUCACAGAGAGUUCAAACCUUGUUAAGCAUCAGGCAAUCCACACAGGAGAGAGACCCCACAAGUGCUUGGAGUGUGGGAAAAGUUUCAUAAGAAGAUCACACUUAGUUCGUCAUCAGGCAUUACACACAGGAGCGAGACCGCACAAGUGCUUGGACUGUGGGAAAAGUUUCAUACGAAGGUCAAGCUUUGUUUAUCAUCAGACAAUUCACACGGUAGGGAGAUCCCACAAGUGCUUGGAGUGUGGGAAAACUUUCCUAAGAAGGUCACACCUUGUUAAACAUCAGGCAAUACACACAGGAGAGAGACCCCACAAGUGCUUGGAGUGUGGGAAAAGUUUCAUACGAAGGUCACAUCUUAUUCAACAUCAAGCAAUCCACACAGGAGAGAACCCCCACAAGUGCUUGGACUGUGGGAAAUGUUUCACAGAGAGGUCAAACCUUGUUAAGCAUCAGGCACUCCACACAGGAGAGAGACCCCACAAUUGCUUGGACUGUGGGAAAAGUUUCCUAAGAAGGUCACACCUUGUUAAGCAUCAGGCAGUCCACACAGGAGACAGACCCCACAAGUGCUUGCAGUGUGGGAAAUGUUUCACAGAGAGUUCAAACCUUGUUAAGCAUCAGGCAAUCCACACAGGAGAGAGACCCCACAAUUGCUUGGACUGUGGGAAAAGUUUCAUACAAAGGUCACAUCUUAUUCAACAUCAGGCAAUCCACACAAGAGAGAGACCCCACAAGUGCUUGCAGUGUGGGAAAAGUUUCAAAAGACAGUCAAACCUUGUUGAACAUCAGGCAAUCCACACAGGAGAGAGACCCCACAAAUGCUUGGUCUGUGGGAAAGGUUACAUACAAAGGUCAGAGCUUGUUCAACUUCAGGCAAUCCACACAAGAGAGAUUCCAGAGGUGCUUGGACUGCGGGAAAAGUUUCAUAUAGGGGUCUGACCUCAUUAAACAUGGAAAGAUCCACACAGGUUUUAAACUUCUCUGGCACAUGUCAAGAAAAGAUUAAGCAACUUGAAUGUAAUUCACUCAGAUUCAACUUUUAGAGAGAGAUUUUAAAAGUAUGUCCACCUUAGUAAGCUAGAGUUUAACAUGUAAAUAUGUUUUUUGAAAGACUUGAAAGAAGAGGGCAAGUCAUGGCUGAGUAACUAAUUGCCUUCUAUGAGGAGAUAAGUGGCUCUGUGGAUGAGGGAAAAGCAGUGUGUAUGUUAUUCCUUGACUUUUGAGCUGUAUAAGUAGGGGCAUUGCCAGGAGAUUGUGGGACGU